GUUUUUGUGUGUAUUGGGGAACACAUAUUUGGGGAAAAAAAGUGCUCUUCAAUAUUAAAAUUUUUGCAAAUAAAAUGAAACAACAGCCAAGCAGAAAAGCAAAACAGAAAACUGUUUAAAUUGUGCCAAAGAAAUAAUUGAAAAAUAAAACGAAAAGUUAAACCCAAAUGUAAUAACAAAUUAAAACGAAAUACAGACCGCAGCAGCAAGUUUCAAUCCAACCAGCUCCCCAUAGCGCCUAGGCUCCAGCGCCCCACCAAACGAGAAGAAAAGAGAAGAAGCAGCAGCAGCCCCAGCACAGAAAACCAGAAAGAGGCAGGGAGAACGAGAGAAAGAGAGAGAGAGAGAAAGAAAAAGGAAAAUCUUCAUCACGACGUCUGCUGCUGUGUGUUGUUGUUGUUUUUGUUUUUUUGUGGAAAGUUUGUGCAGGCAGCAGAUCUGAAUGUCUUUAUGCUUUAAUCAUGGUGUAUUUUGCCACCAUAAACAACAACAGCAACAACAACACCGACACUAUACGCUGCUAUAUUAGAAUCUUUCUGAUUACAAACCAUGACAGAACAUGAAAGCGACUUUUUAGUUACAGUACGCGCACAGGUAAUGACUAGAGACGAGAGUACCGAGGGCUGGCUCCCGCUGGCCGGGGGUGGCCUGGCAAAUGUUUCCAUACGUAAACGUGCCAGGCUAUCCCCAUUGGCAUCGGGUCAUGACUACAUCAUCUAUGGGCAGAGAAUCUCCGAUCAGAGUGUUAUAUUGAGCUGUAUCAUCAAUCGUGAUCUUAAGUAUUACAAAGUAAUGCCAACAUUUCAUCAUUGGCGCGCUGGCAAACAGCGGAAUGGCCUCACAUUUCAAACGGCCGCCGAUGCGCGAGCCUUUGAUAAGGGCGUGCUGCGUGCUUAUAAUGAACUAAUUGAUGGACUGGCCAAAUCGAAUCCCACUAUUAUAUGCCCACCAUUGACCAAAUACGAUUCGGUUGGUGAAGAUGAUGUAUUCAUGACCCUAGACUUACCUGUGGAAAGCGAAAGUUUACAAAAAAUACAUUCAAGCCCAGAGGGCAGCGAAAAAAGUCACAAGAGCGUCAGCGAUCGCCAUAAGGAUAGCUAUAGCAACAAUUCCGAUUCAGAGAAGCUACCUGCAGCGACCAUACACUACAUAUCGACGGACAAAACUACAACAACGGCCACAACAACAGCAACAGAUGCCCCACCACCCACAGCCGCACCACCGCCGGCAUCUGCCGCCGCGGCUGGUCAGAUUGCACCCAGCGAGAACUACUCGUAUGUGACUCUAACAUCAGUGCAUCAUGAAUACAAUUAUCCGGUGGUGGAGCAGCCGGUGGGUGCACAAGUUUUGAACGCUCGCCGGGAAUCGAUUAGCGCUUUAAAGAAGCGCAAUGCUUUGGAAGCGGCCCAGGCCAUGGCAGCGGCCCAGACAGUGGCCACAGCUGGCGGUGGUGGUGGUUGUGGUGGAAAGCCCUUGCAUAAGCCAAAUGUUUCGGAUAUACUCAAGAAGGAGACACGCCUGCGUUGUCGCUACUGUCACGAAUUGUAUAGCGAGGAGUUCAAUCGACGUGGUGUAUGCGAGUUUGCUCCGGAUCCGUUUCGCAGUGGCUAUGAGUGCAUCUCGGGAAUGGGUUGUGCCCGUUGCAUGAUCUAUCAUUGCAUGAGCGAUGCCGAGGGCGAGACGGCACAGCAUCCCUGCGAGUGCAGCGUUAGCGAGGCCGGUUGCACCAAACGCUGGCUGGGCCUGGCGCUGCUAUCCCUGUUCGUGCCCUGCUUGUGGUGUUAUCCGCCAUUGCGGGCCUGCCACUGGAUGGGCAUCCAUUGCGGCAUUUGCGGUGGUCAGCAUAAACCGCAUGUCUGACAUUUGGAGGCCAGAUUGCAAGGACAGUACGAUGACGACCCCAGGCCCAGAAGCGAACCACCACCACCACCACCAAUCCUCCACCACCAACAAUUCCAAUUCCAACACCAAUGCCAAUUUAAAAAGAAUAAUAAUGACCACCACCAGCAUCCGGAUGCGGAUCAAAGCAACUACAGGCGCCAGCUGUGGCGUCUCAAGCAGCGUCAAUCCCAAACGCAAACCCAAUCUGAGCGGCACUUUUACAACUGGGAGCUGUCACAUAGUUUGGGAGCUCCCCAAGAACCGCCGCCAUAUCUAAUGCAGCAGCAGCAUCAGCAGCAGCCACUGCAUCCUUUGGGUAAUAAGGCGGCGCAAAAUGAUUACGGACGUUUAUUGUUCUAGAAGAGAUCACAAGUUUACGCUUCAGUUUGCUUAUUCUUCAAAAAAGUGAUUUAAAGAGUCUCUUUUUUCGAAGGGCUUAGAAAUGAAAAUGCAUUUUCCACUUGUUGUUUAUCCCCCAUUUUUUUUUUUUCAAUUUUCGGUUUUUACACAACCCUAAGCACUUUUGGAAAAGAGCUCUUCAACGUUCGAAUUCUACGAUAUGAAACAAUGCAAUUCGAAUAGACACAACUUGUUUCGUGUUUUUCAAUUGCAUUGUUUCAUUUCGUAUGACUUUUAACAUUUCUCUAGUAUACUCCAUUUGAAUUUUUGCCAUAAUUUAUUGUAUAUAUUUAAAUGCAUGAGAAGCAUCAGAGGAUUUUAUGAUUGUAUUCGAUAUGUUUUAUAAUCGUUUUAGUUUUUUACCCCUGCGAAUCACAAAGUAUGCCGAUCGUACAAAGUAUUCCUAAUUUACCUCCAUUCAUAUUCUGCAAAUCUUCUGUUAUGGGAAUCGCCGAUUCCGUAUCAAUAGAAUAUAGUUAUCCGUUAAAGGCAUUGCCAAAUAUAUUGUCAAUAGCUCGGCAGGAAUAAGAAGAUUAAUUUAAAAGAUUAUAAUGACUUAAACUGGUUUAUAAACUGAACAAUAUUGUUAAUUUUCCGACAUUCUAGGUAUCGGGCAGUACAAAUUUAUUUGCACGGGUAUAUAACUUCGGCAUGAUCGAUUUUAAUCCGGCC